UGCGUGUGUAAAACGGACGAUAUAUAUUUGCUCCUUUUGUGAAGAGCCAUUCUGAAGAAAAACUGUAGAAGUCAAGAUGUCCGAAGAGGGAAACUCGAAGGUGCAGGACCCAAAUGAGUCCAUUAAGCCCCGGUUGGACCCAAGCCAAGUUCCCAAACUUGUUGCCAGGCUCUACGGAAUUCAGACAGGAGACAUCAAGUCGUUGCCUAGUUACGAUGAUCUCAACUUCUUCUUUCGACCCGCUACAGACCACGUUGACAACAAGAACAUUCCAGAACUCAAUAAAGCUGGAUAUGUUCUUAAGGUCAUGAACUCACUGCAAUCAGCUUCUCCCGAAGGAAUAGAUGCCUCUAACGCCCUGUGUGCGCAUGUGCGGGAGCGAGAUAUUCCGACUCAAGAGGUCAUGCAGAAUAAAGAUGGCCAACCCUACAGUCUAGAAACGUUUACCAACACUGACAAAGAUGGUGCAUCUCAACAGUUCGGACCCUACCUUGUACGUUUGUUGACGUAUAUUCCUGGUUCAACGUUUGUACAGACACCAUACGUCCCUGGGUCGUUCUAUAACAUCGGCAAAACUGUAGGAAAAUUGCAUAAUGCAAUAGCUGACGGAUUCAACCAUCCUUUCUAUGAGAACCAUCGCUUCCUGUGGAGUCUCACAGAGAUGACUCGGCUACGGGAAUUCUUUUCUGCCAUCAAGGAUGCCAAUGAUCUUGAUGUCGUCACAAAGGUUGUAGAUGGAUUCGAGCGUGAUAUCGUUCCACGAUAUCCAGAAUUUACCACAGGUGUUAUUCACGGAGACAUAAAUGAACAAAAUACUAUAGUCUCCGAAGUUUCUGGACAAGAAAUGGUGCCAUGUGAUCAACGCGUUCAUGACGUCACUGCUCUUUUAGAUUGGUCUGACGUCACAAAGUCGUACUUUGUAUUUGACAUCGCCAUUACUAUCGCAUAUUGUUCGAUUGAGUGCGAAGAGAAUAAACAACUAGAUGUCGGUGGACAUAUUUUGAAAGGUUACACAAAGAACCGAAAACUAAAUGAAGCUGAAUUUAAAAGUAUACCUUUGCUGGUGUGCAGUCGACUGUGUCAAAGCCUCGUUUUAGGUGCGCAUGCGUACUCUCAACAACCUGGAAAUGAGUACCUGCUAACAACAGCUAAGAAAGGGUGGCCUCUCCUCCAUAAGUAUUGGAGUGCAGAUGAGUCCAAAUUGUUAAACAAUUGGAAAGCUAUCAUAGAAUUCAACUAAAGUUCAAACUUAGCUUUAAAAAUCUAUAGGACAACUAUGUAUAUGACCAUAGAACUGUUUUGGACCAAAUUGUUUAACUUUCCAUAAAAUUAAUGUAUUAUUUUGUACACUGAAUUGAUUAAGUUCA